UCUUCAGCAAGUACUGCAACUCCAGCGACAUCAUGGACCUGUUCUGCAUCGCCACCGGCCUGCCUCGGAACACGACCAUCUCCCUGCUGACCACUGACGAUGCCAUGGUCUCCAUCGACCCCACCAUGCCCGCGAAUUCAGAACGCACUCCCUACAAAGUGAGACCUGUGGCCAUCAAGCAACUCUCUGCUGGUGCUGAGGACAAGAGAACCACAAGCCCUGGCCAGUCUGCUGAGAGACCACUGAGGGACAGACGGGUUGUGGGCCUGGAGCAGCCCCAGAGGGAAGGAGCAUUUGAAAGUGGACAGGUAGAGCCCAGGCCCAGAGAGCCCCAGGACUGCUGCCAGGAAGGCCAGCACGUCCCUCCAGAGAGAGAAGAAUUAAUCCAGAGCGUGCUGGCGCAGGUCGCAGAGCAGUUCUCAAGAGCAUUCAAAAUCAAUGAACUGAAAGCUGAAGUUGCGAAUCACUUGGCUGUGCUAGAGAAACGCGUGGAAUUGGAAGGACUGAAAGUGGUGGAGAUUGAGAAAUGCAAGAGUGACAUUAAGAAGAUGAGGGAGGAGCUGGCGGCCAGAAGCAGCAGGACCAGCUGCCCCUGUAAGUACAGUUUUUUGGAUAACCACAAGAAGUUGACUCCUCGACGCGAUGUUCCCACUUACCCCAAGUACCUGCUCUCUCCAGAGACCGUCGAGGCCCUGCGGAAGCCGACCUUUGAUGUCUGGCUUUGGGAGCCCAACGAGAUGCUGAGCUGCCUGGAGCACAUGUACCACGACCUGGGGCUGGUCAGGGACUUCAGCAUCAACCCCGUCACCCUCAGGAGGUGGCUGCUCUGCGUCCACGACAACUACAGAAACAACCCCUUCCACAACUUCCGGCACUGCUUCUGCGUGGCCCAGAUGAUGUACAGCAUGGUCUGGCUCUGUGGCCUCCAGGAGAAGUUCUCACAAACGGAUAUCCUGAUCCUAAUGACAGCGGCCAUCUGCCACGAUCUGGACCAUCCCGGCUACAACAACACGUACCAGAUCAACGCCCGCACAGAGCUGGCGGUUCGCUACAAUGACAUCUCGCCGCUGGAGAACCACCACUGCGCCGUGGCCUUCCAGAUCCUCGCUGAGCCCGAGUGCAACAUCUUCUCCAACAUCCCACCUGAUGGGUUCAAGCAGAUCCGACAGGGAAUGAUCACGUUAAUCUUGGCCACUGACAUGGCAAGACAUGCAGAAAUUAUGGAUUCUUUCAAAGAGAAAAUGGAGAAUUUUGACUACAGCAAUGAGGAGCACAUGACCCUGCUGAAGAUGAUUUUGAUAAAAUGCUGUGAUAUCUCUAACGAGGUCCGUCCAAUGGAAGUCGCAGAGCCCUGGGUGGACUGUUUAUUAGAGGAAUAUUUUAUGCAGAGCGACCGUGAGAAGUCAGAAGGCCUUCCCGUGGCCCCCUUCAUGGACCGAGACAAAGUGACCAAGGCCACAGCCCAGAUUGGGUUUAUCAAGUUUGUCCUGAUCCCAAUGUUUGAAACAGUGACUAAGCUCUUCCCUGUGGUUGAGGAGAUCAUGCUGCAGCCGCUUUGGGAAUCCCGAGAUCGCUACGAGGAACUAAAGCGGAUAGACGACGCCAUGAAAGAGUUACAGAAGAAGACUGACAGCUUGACGUCUGGAGCCACCGAGAAGUCCAGAGAGAGAAGCAGAGAUGUGAAACACAGUGAAGGAGACUGUGCCUGAGGAAACUGAGGGGCAUGGCUGCGGUUCCGGACGGGCUGGCAGAGCUGCACGGGAUCCUUGUGCGGGAAGAGCUGCCCUGAGCACCUGGCACCACAAGACCAUGUUUUCUAAGAAACAUUUUGUUCACUGAUACAAAAAAAAAAAAAAAGGGAAUUCAUGAUGCUGUACAGAAUUUUAUUUUUAAACUAUCUUUUAAAUAAUAUAUUCUUAUACGGAAA